AUGGGCGGUCAAAGACAGAUUCUACCCAGUCGGAUAUUUCAGACGGCAACGACGUUAUUGAACCACCGAAUUGUCCCCUACGCAAAAGUCCAAAUACCGAUAUGGUAUAAAGUCGUCGAAUCGAUACCCCCUUCCGAAAUCCUCACUAGACCUUUCCCUCCUCAGCACAAGAAGCAAAAUCCGAAGGCGCGGAGACCAAGCAGAUUAUUCCAACCACAACAAUUAGUAUACGAAGAAGAUGAAUUACGGGCAACAUUCUACAAAGACCACCCUUGGGAAUUGGCAAGACCUAGGAUGAUACUCGAGGUGGAUGGAAGAGAUGCGCUCAGAUAUGAUUGGUCUAAGGGAUUGAGACAACCCGGCAUGCCUCUGUGUGGUGAAUCUGUCGUCCAACGCCAAUUAUGGAUGAUGUAUAACGUCCCAGGCAUAACAAAAGACCAAGCAUACGAUAUAGUACGGCGAGAAUUUUACGCGAUGCGACAAGAGGAAGAAGUCGAGUUAAGGAUAGCUAAAGAAGAGGCUCAGAUGGUAGGAGCCUACUUCGGCAAGACCUUCUCGCAAGUCGGUACACAGCUUGAGGACGAACAGUACGAGAAAUGGAAGAGAUGGGCAGGCAAGCAAAUCGAAUUGGUCCGAGCAGAGCAGGACUCGGCAUAUACUAGCUUCGGAAACGAAACCGAAGCCGAAGCUGACAGCGUCGAUUUGGACCAAGCUACCGAAGCAGUGGAAGAGAGCGUGCCUAUACGGAGAUAG